AUGAACUGCACCACCGCCGGUUACUAUGACAGGGACGCAAGGAACCUGGUGAAGUAUCCGGCCAUGAAGCACAAAAUUUCCGCAUCAGAUGAAGCCUACGGCAGAGCAUCGGUACCCGCACCUGCUCCGUAUACUCCACCGCUCGGGUUACCUGGUGUUAUGGAUGCUGAAGGGAGAGUGGAUGAGUCCAGACUGCGGACGCACAUCAUCAAAAAUGGCGGCGUUUCCCCUUCUGAGCGUCGGCAGGUGUGGCGCUUCUUGUUCGGCAUGUUCCCCUGCAGCUCCACUGCUCUAGAGCGCCCCCUGCUGCAAGAGCAGCUGGCAGUACGCUACCAGGUCAUGAAGAGGAAGUGGCAACAGCUUCUCCCCGCCGCUGUGCGUUUGCGGCUGAAUGGCACCGAUGCGGAGCUGAUAGCAGCAGUGAAGUACUUCGAGCAGAGGAAGAAGAGAGAGGAACAGAUGUGCCGAGGGCAGAGCGAGGAGGUCAAGGAGAGGCUCUCCUUCCUGGAGCUGCAGGCACAGGUUCUGUUUGAGAGGGUCACUUUUGACAUAGAGGAGCUGCAGGAGGCCAUACGCAUCAUCGACAAAGAUGUCCCCAGAACGGACAGAGACCUGGCCUACUACCUGGGAGAGGGCUCGGGGAAUCUUCUGGUGCUGAGAGAAAUCCUCAUCACAUACGCUGCUUUUCACCCAGAGGUCAGUUAUGCCCAGGGAAUGAAUGACCUCUGCAGCCGGUUCCUGGAGGUGCUAGACUCUGAAGUGGACACUUACUGGAGUUUUUCCUGCUACAUGGAGAAGUUCUCCCGGGACUUCCGAGCAGAUGGGCUACACCGGAAGAUUGAGCUGGAGGCGGAGCUACUGAAGGAGCUGGAUCCCCAGCUCCAUGCACACCUUGUGACGGACAACAUGGACAGACUGGCGUUCUGUCACAGGUGGCUGCUCCUGGGUUUCCAGCGAGAGUUCGAGCACAGCGAUGCCCUGCGGCUCUUCGAGAUACUGAGCUGCGACCACCUGGAGCUCAUCUCCCAGCAGGUGGAACGGGCCCAUUACCAGGAGAGGCUGGCCCGCAAGCACAGCCUAGAGGACCACCCAUCGUCAGAGCCACAAGCCAUCAACACAGAGUUCACCUUUGAGCUGUUCAUCUGUGCCGCAAUCUUAUUGGAGCACAGAGACACUCUGCUCAGGUGCAGGAAUGAAGUACAGCUAAUCCAGUUCACAAGCAGUUUGCAGGGGACCCUGGAUCUGAACAGCACUCUGAAGAAAGCAGAGGAGCUCUUCUACAACUACUGCAAGAGGUCGGCCUGGGACCACCUGAACGACCGCUGCCGGUCACGCAGGAGCAAAGAGGAGCAGUUCAUCCGCCACCUCCGCAAUCUCUUCUCCUGAAGGCACUCGGACACCGGGACUGAAUGGGUGCGAUCUCUCCCUUUCCCAAAACUCCAUCCGCAUCAGACUGAACCUCGUGAGGGGUGUGCCCCGCUGAAUGAGAAGAGCAUUAUUACUGUUCUCCAGCGUGCUGUAACCUUGUUAUGGUGGACCCUUGAAUCACAUGUUCUGUCCAGUCAGCAUUUUCAGUUCAAUUGAAAAAACUGUUGCCCCUCCAUCUCUCCCCCACCCCC